AUGGAAGACCAAAGCUUAGAUUGUCGUCAAGACCUCUCAGAUCGAUCUAUGUCAUUAUUAAGCAGUAAUGGUGGUAACAGUUCUUGUCCUUGUGCCGAAGUUGAAGCAGAGGCAGAGAGAACCUGUGCCUUCAAUUCUAUCCCCGAUCUACCCAAAGAAUUGAUAGUGGAGAUCCUUUGUCGAUUGCCGAAGAAUUAUCUAAUUAGAUCCAAAUCCAUUAUUUGCGGUUCCGAUUCUGACAAAUUUACGGGAUAUGCUCCAUACCCUCUUCCUGCUGAUGGUGUUGGAUGUGUGGAGUCGUAUUUGGCACUAUUGUCGUUCGAUCACAUUGGGUAUGAUCUUCAGGAAUGCUGCAACGGGCUGUUACUAUUCGCCCGAAGGUCACGCUCUAUUCCUGGUCCUGUAGAGUACUACGUCUGUAAUCCGGCGACGAAACAGUGUGUGGCGAUUCCGAUAAACCCGACCCACCUGGAACCCAAGUUUGCUGUGUUGGCUUUUGAUCCAAGCGAGUCCUUGCACUAUAAGAUCGUUUACGUUUCUCAAUCGGAUCUUUUUACAUGCACCUAUAACCUCGCUGACCUGGAUAUGUUCUCGUCCGAUACGGGCAAAUGGGUCACCCAUGCCGUGCCACUGGACCCUGCAGAUGGAGGUUUCAUGCGGAUCAAACGUGGUGUUUACUUCAGUGGAGUGUUAUACUUGUUGGCUUGGGCGGCCUACCUUGUGUCUUUCGACAUCAAAAUGGGGAUGGAGAUGGAGAUGGGUAAUGUGAGUAAUCGGGCUAUUGACCUACGUGGGAACAUUAGACUUGGUCAUAGAGCUUCCAUUGGCGUAUCUGAGGGUUGUUUUUACUACUCUAAUCAUGACUAUAAUCAUGGAAAAACUUUGUGUAUUUGGUCACUCAAUGGUGGUGAAUGGACUUUGAGGCAUAGUAUUGGCUUCCCACACUUUUCACCGCAUGCUUUUCACCCUACGAAUUCUGAAAUGAUUUUCCUUGGGACACCCUUUUAG